ACUAUAGAGAGAGAUAAGACCUUGCUCUUGCAUAAAUUUGGUAUUAUUUUCCAAUCACUGGUCAAACCACCUAGCAGUCUGGAAAAAAUAGACUGGAGGGAAAUCCAGUGCCCAGUGGGACAAAACAGUAUCUGUGAAUAAAAGGAUUGGUUCUCAUUUAAGGAAGAGUCUUGCUGCACCUACUAUGAUCAUUCAUAUCUCUUUGGUCUAUCUAACCUGAUUUAUUGUUGAGCUGUUUCACACAAUUCACAUAAUCAACCAAGUCCAACCAUUAGAAUUCAAACAAUGGAGCCAUUAGCGGCUUAUUUUAUGCCUGAAUGUAUCGGAACAAAGAAAAAAUUAGAUCUCAGUGUCUUUCAUCUCUCUCUCUCUCCACCACCCACCCACCCUGCUCUUGAAAGAAUAAAAAUUAGCUUAAAGUAUUAAUACAAAAAGUAAAUACAAAAUCUAAUGAUUUUUCCCCCCUUGGUAAUCUGAACCAUCUGCCUCUGGCUGCUCAGGAGUACACUGCCUUAAUCCAGAUUAUAGUUGACAAACUGUUUUUGGCGUAGAGUUUCCCCUAAUACUGUGCCCUACAAGAGCUGCUCAGGGCUGUUGAAAUUUCAUUUGUUGAUUGGUUCAUUCUUUUCCCUUGUUGCUGUGGGUUUCCUGGUGGUGUGGGUUUGUUUUUCCAUUUGGAAAGGUGCAAAGAAAAAGACGAGAAGAUGGCUUUCCUAAUGAAAAAUGUGCUGAGCAACCAGGUGAAAAAUCUGGGGCUUCACGGAGGGGGUGAAGAAAAGAAGGAGGAAGCUGCUCCUACUGACCCAGCUACUGCAGCAGGAAUGACCCGGGAGGAAUAUGAAGAGUAUCAAAAGCAGGUGAUAGAGGAGAAGAUGGAAAGAGAUGCAGCUUUUGUGCAAAAGAAGGCUGGACGAGCUGUUGUGCGGGUUCACUUGCGAGAGAAAUACAGACUUCCAAAGAGUGAAUUGGAUGAGACUCAGAUCCAGCUGGGUGGAGAUGAAGUGGACUUGCCAGAAGACCUCCAGAAGAUGGUAGUAGAGGAUCAAGAAGAGGAAGAAGACAAAGAUACUUUUUUUGGACAGCUUCAGAACAUCCAGAAUAUGGACAUGGAUGCUAUCAAAGAAAAAGUCCAAACUACUUUCACUGAUAUUAAGCAGGCAGCUGAACAGAAGUGCUCUGUAAUGUAGUAAAGACAUUUCACAAGAUCUAGGUACAAAUGUCCGUAGAAGUGGAUGACUAGUGGGAGAACAGCAACAAUUGGUGCUGCUGCUUACUCAUCACUCCUUCCCUCUUUAUGAGAUGUGGUGUGUGUUUUUUCCCCAAAUAACAUAAAAACAACCAUUGAGAGAAGUUGUGAUGGUGAUAAUGGGAUUCCAAUAUUGCAGAUUAU